GCGGGCUCUUGCCCGUUGCUGCGAUGAUUCAUGAUAACUUGACGGAUCGCAUGGCCAUAGUGCCGGCGACGCAUCAUUCAAAUUUCUGCCCUAUCAACUUUCGAUGGUAGGAUAGUGGCCUACUGUUAGACCCCUUUUUGGCGGGUCUUUAUCGAGACCUGGUUUGGGCUCGAUAGGGUGGCUGUUGGGGCAUGGGAUGCGGCCAAAGUCAUCGUGGCAAUGGCCAAGGCAUAGGUAUGCCGCGGCAUUGCAACAUUGCGAAGAACGGGCAAGGUGGAAGUUUGGCUAAGGCACGGGGACUUAGUCAAGACAAGGCAAGCUAGACCAAGUAUGAGGGCAGAACGGUUGGCGUUGCGAGAAACCAUGUUCGGUUCAUGGGCGGCAUGACAUGGUCAAGGAAGACUAUGGGUGUGCGGGUCCGGCAUGUGGUCCAAGUGUUGAUGAAGAUCAGUGGCAUGCGGGGCAUGGCUUACGGGAUGCGGAACAACAGCUUGGAGGCACAACAAAAGCAUGUGGCUCAAGGUGGCACGUGGGCAACUCAAUUGUAGUACGUGGUGCGUGGCCAGGCUUGAGCCCGGGGCGUGGCUGUCCUUGGGCAGUCACGACAUUUGGGAGCUUCGGUGGCAACGAGAGUUGGUUGGCCGUUUGACAAGUGGGACUUGGGCAAGCUGGGCGCAAGGCAACGAGAGUUGGUCACAAGCUCAAAGCAAAGAGUUGGCUCGUGGGUGGCCUGGGUUAGGCCGCAGCAUGAGUGCAAGCUCGAAGAGGCGUGUCGGUUCGGUGCGGCAUGACUCAAGUCUGGAAGGGCAGGGCGGUUACACGCGAACAGGUGCCUUGGGGCGAACCGGUGGCAAGGCAGUUGAGGGCUUCGGGCGGACAAGUGCUUGGGCAGACCGGAAGGCCGCGGCAUAGGGCGGUUGGUAACUGCCACACGCGAAGAGACGCGUCCCUUCAGGCUAGGCAGUUGGCUUGUAACUGCCAGACGUGGCUCGUCUAUAAAUAUGCCGCGGCAUAACUGCGAGUUUUGUAGUCUUAGCGAGAGACAGCAGUGUGGCCGAGUGUUUGCAAGUGUGUUAGACAUUGUGAGCGUGUUGUAUUAGUCCUAGUGUAUUAAUUGUGAAUUAAUACAAGGUUGGUCGUUGACCGUAAAGUCGUGUGCCUUUAUUCUAAGUGUGUGUUAAAGUGUUGCGUUCCUAUUCCAAUUAAGGGUUGCGCCGCGGCAUUGGGUGGAAGGCUGACUGUCUUAAGGCGUUAAGGCAGGCCGUACAGGGUGAAAAUUCGAGACGUGAAUUUUACCGUGUAACAAUUGGUAUCAGAGCUGAUGGCUGAAGAUCGUGAUUCGUCUGCCGGUGACCAAGGGGUGGAGACUGCGGAGGUACUGGUUCGUGGGCUGAUUGAGGAAGCGCUUAGGCCGGUGUGGGCGCGGCUUAAGGCACUUGAGGCCUCAAGGGCAGACCUGGUAAACGAACUGGAGGCACGCUCUGCUGAGAACGAAGCCACAAGGUCAGAACUUGUGAUUUUGAAGAGGGCUCUUGCAGCGGGACUGGUUCCAAGCGCUGAAGUAGGCUCUUCAAAGAUCAAAGUGCCGGAGCCGAAGACCUUUGGUGGUGACCGCAAUGCCAAGGAGUUGGAGAACUUUCUGUGGGAUAUGGAAGAAUACUUUAAAGCCGCAAAGGUGCCGGACGAAGAGAAGGUGAGGAUUGCACCCAUGUACUUGUCUGGUGAUGCAAAGCUUUGGUGGCGGAGUAGAGUAAGGGACGACGCUAAUACGGGAAGACACGGGCUGGAGUCAUGGGAUGGACUCAAGAAGGAGUUGAAGGCUCAAUUCCUUCCCCACAAUGUCUCUUGGAUGGGCAGGGAAGCCCUGAAGAACUUGAAACACACCACAUCGGUGAGGGAUUAUGUCAAGGCGUUCUCUUCGCUCAUGUUGGACAUUGAGAACAUGACGGAGGAGGACAGGCUGUUCAAUUUCGUGUCUGGACUGCAGCCAUGGGCCCAGACAGAAUUGAGGAGGCAGGCUGUGAAGGAUUUGCCGAGUGCCAUGGCAGCGGCCGAAGGACUCAUGGAUUACUCAUUGUCCGAUGGUUCUAAGGGGAACAAGGGCAAGGGAGAAUCAGGCAUUUCCGGUUCAAGGGGGACGUUGAAGUGUGACGACAUCAGUGCGGCAACGGAAGCGAGUGUGUCAAAACCAAAGUCCAAAGCUUGCUGGGGGUGUGGCGGUCAGCACUUGCAGCGGAACUGUCCUGAGAACCAAAAGUUGGCUGCCUUGAAGCAAGUGGAGUCCGAGGAGGAUUCUGCGUUGGUGACAGUGAAUCCCUUGCGUUUGGUCUGAUGGCACCGUGAAAGUCAUCAGGGGCACUGUGCGUGUGGACAGUGCGAGUGCCAAGAGGGGCGUGGACUUGGCAUAGGUUGCAGGCGUGGGACGUCGGGCAACUGCAGCGGCAUUGCUUGGGUAUGGCAGUGCAAAGAACCGAAGGUCGUGGAGACGCUAAGGUUCGGUGGCAUGCUUUUCGGAAGGUGUCACAAUGAUGGGUCAAGCGUACACAGGGGCUGUGCGGGUUGGACAUCAUAUUUUUGGAGAAGCACACAAGGGAGUGGGGCGUUCACCAAGAUUGUUGGCCGUGGGUCAACAUGUUGCUAGUUGGAUGGGAGGAUCCUUUGGCAGCGGAGCGGAAAGCUCGACAUUUGAACUUGAGAUCGUGGGCCAGAUCUAAGUUCAAGGCACUUGGAGCGUGGGAAGACGUCAGUGCCUGUGGCUGAUCAGUGGCACGUUUGGGACGGGGCAGACUGAUGCAGCAUGGUCCGGCGUCACACAGGGGUGUGCAGCGUUGUGUUGGCAUGGGUAUUGCCAAUGCGGAGCGGAAGGCUCAAAGCACAUGGGAUGGGCGCAAGGCUGACAACGGUGCAAGUGGUUUGUAGGCGUUGGGCAGCAAAGCUCAAGUGAUCAUACGAGGGAGUGUGAUGCACGAUGGGGCUUAGCAGCGUGGAGUUGCGAACCUAGCAGUUGGGGUUGUCAAUUGCAAUUGAAUUAGUUGCCUAUGGCAGGAACUAAUUGGAAACCUCGGACGCUGAAGAUGUGUCGACGAGGGCGUCGACUUCAUCUGGUGGGGGAGGUUUGUUAGACCCCUUUUUGGCGGGUCUUUAUCGAGACCUGGUUUGGGCUCGAUAGGGUGGCUGUUGGGGCAUGGGAUGCGGCCAAAGUCAUCGUGGCAAUGGCCAAGGCAUAGGUAUGCCGCGGCAUUGCAACAUUGCGAAGAACGGGCAAGGUGGAAGUUUGGCUAAGGCACGGGGACUUAGUCAAGACAAGGCAAGCUAGACCAAGUAUGAGGGCAGAACGGUUGGCGUUGCGAGAAACCAUGUUCGGUUCAUGGGCGGCAUGACAUGGUCAAGGAAGACUAUGGGUGUGCGGGUCCGGCAUGUGGUCCAAGUGUUGAUGAAGAUCAGUGGCAUGCGGGGCAUGGCUUACGGGAUGCGGAACAACAGCUUGGAGGCACAACAAAAGCAUGUGGCUCAAGGUGGCACGUGGGCAACUCAAUUGUAGUACGUGGUGCGUGGCCAGGCUUGAGCCCGGGGCGUGGCUGUCCUUGGGCAGUCACGACAUUUGGGAGCUUCGGUGGCAACGAGAGUUGGUUGGCCGUUUGACAAGUGGGACUUGGGCAAGCUGGGCGCAAGGCAACGAGAGUUGGUCACAAGCUCAAAGCAAAGAGUUGGCUCGUGGGUGGCCUGGGUUAGGCCGCAGCAUGAGUGCAAGCUCGAAGAGGCGUGUCGGUUCGGUGCGGCAUGACUCAAGUCUGGAAGGGCAGGGCGGUUACACGCGAACAGGUGCCUUGGGGCGAACCGGUGGCAAGGCAGUUGAGGGCUUCGGGCGGACAAGUGCUUGGGCAGACCGGAAGGCCGCGGCAUAGGGCGGUUGGUAACUGCCACACGCGAAGAGACGCGUCCCUUCAGGCUAGGCAGUUGGCUUGUAACUGCCAGACGUGGCUCGUCUAUAAAUAUGCCGCGGCAUAACUGCGAGUUUUGUAGUCUUAGCGAGAGACAGCAGUGUGGCCGAGUGUUUGCAAGUGUGUUAGACAUUGUGAGCGUGUUGUAUUAGUC